GCUCUAAUAAGUCCAGGAGGCGUCGUCCACCUCUUCCACCCCUUCCAAUUCCCAUUCCACACCAAUGGCCGAGGAAUCGCUCCGUCAAGCGUUUGUCGAGAAACAAGCUGCCGUCGACGCCCAAGGCGACGUCGUUAGGAGACUGAAAGAGGCCGGUGCGCUGAAGCAGGAGAUUGACGCUGCUAUAGAAGUCUUGGACGGUUUGAAACUCCAGAAAUCCUCGAUCGAGGAGCAGCUUCAGGCUGCUCUUGGCAGUAACGACGGCGCCGCUGGCAGGGAGGCGUUCCGUCAAGCCGUGGUCAACACUCUGGAGCGGCGUUUUUUCUACACUGCGUCUUUCAAGAUUUAUAGGGGUGUGGCCGGGCUUUACGACUAUGGACCUCCUGGUUGCGCCGUCAAAUCCAAUGUCCUUGCGUUCUGGCGUCAGCACUUUGUCAUUGAGGAGAACAUGCUGGAGGUUGAUUGCCCCUGUGUUACACCUGAAAUUGUACUCAAGGCAUCUGGUCAUGUGGAUAAAUUUACUGACCUUAUGGUUAAGGAUGAGAAAACCGGGACCUGCUACCGAGCUGAUCACUUGCUUAAGGAUUUCUGCAAUGACAAGCUUCAGAAAGACCUUAGCAUAAGUGCAGAGAAGGCUGCUGAGCUCAAACAUGUACUUGCAGUGCUGGAUGAUCUUUCAGCUGAAGAGCUGGGUUCAAAGAUCAAGGAGUAUGGAAUUACAGCUCCAGACACAAAGAAUCCUCUGUCUGAUCCGUAUCCAUUCAACUUAAUGUUCCAAACAUCAAUUGGUCCUUCUGGUUUGAGUCCUGGGUAUAUGCGUCCUGAAACAGCGCAAGGGAUAUUUGUGAACUUCAAAGACUUGUACUAUUACAAUGGGAACAAGCUCCCUUUUGCUGCUGCUCAAAUUGGUCAGGCAUUCAGAAAUGAGAUCUCUCCUCGCCAAAGUCUUUUGAGAGUUCGAGAAUUUACACUAGCAGAGAUUGAGCAUUUUGUUGAUCCUGAACACAAAGAACACCCAAAAUAUUGUGAAGUUGAGAACUUGGAGUUCCUAAUGUUUCCAAGGGAAGAGCAAAUGUCUGGACAAUCUGCAAAGAAAAUUCGCCUUGCUGUGGCAGUUUCAGAGGGAAUUGUCAACAAUCAGACCCUUGGCUACUUUAUUGGAAGAGUUUAUCUCUUCCUAACUGGGCUUGGUAUUGACAAAAACCGCUUACGGUUCCGGCAACAUCUCGCAAAUGAAAUGGCUCACUAUGCUGCAGAUUGUUGGGAUGCUGAGAUUGAGUGCUCCUAUGGCUGGAUUGAGUGUGUUGGUAUUGCAGAUAGGUCUGCUUAUGAUUUGCGUGCUCACUCUGACAAAAGCGGUGUACCUCUUGUGGCCCACGAGAAAUUUCCAGAACCUAUAGAAGUGGAGAAACUUGUUAUAGCUCCAGUUAAAAAGGAACUGGGCCUUUCGUUCAAGGGGAACCAGAAGAUGGUUAUUGAAGCUUUGGAGGCCAUGAACGAAGAAGAAGCUAUGAAAAUGAAGGCUGAUUUGGAUUCCAAAGGGGAAGUUGACUUCUAUGUCUGCACGCUCGGGGAAAAUGUGGUUAUUAAGAAGAAUAUGGUCUCAAUUUCAAAGGAGAAAAAGAAGGAACACCAAAGGGUUUUUACACCAUCGGUGAUUGAACCAUCGUUUGGGAUCGGACGUAUAGUAUAUUGUCUUUUUGAGCAUUCUUUCUACGUGAGGUCAAGUAAGGUUGGAGAUGAGCAGCUGAAUGUUUUCCGCUUCCCCCCUCUCGUGGCACCCAUCAAAUGCACUGUAUUUCCACUGGUUCAGAAUGACAAAUACAAUGAGAAAGCCAAAGAGAUCGCAAAGUCAUUAACAGAAGCUGCAAUAUCGCAUAAGAUAGACAUUACAGGCACCUCAAUUGGGAAAAGGUACGCUAGAACAGAUGAACUUGGUGUGCCCUUUGCAAUCACUGUUGAUUCAGAGGAAUCAGUGACAAUCCGAGAGAGAGACAGCAAGGACCAAAUUCGUGUUACUGUGGAAGAGGCAGCAUCGGUUGUGAAGUCGGUGAUUUAUGGACAGAGAACGUGGGAAGAUGUCUGGUCAAGAUUCCCCCAUCACUCAUCUGAGUCUACAGAAUGACUGAAUCUACAUAAAUUUCAGUUAGACAGAAUAAGACAAUACUUGUCUUCUUUGAAUUCUCUUCCUAGAUACUGCUUCACGUUUCUUUUAAGAACAGACAGCGAAAAUUUUAAGGUUUUUAUAAUAUAAUUUAUACUUCAAA